AUUAGCAUCAAGUGAUAAAGAGUGGUAAUAACGACCCAUCAAAAUCUAAGUGCUAGAAAGUGUUUUGAACCACCUUAAGCUCUGUUUCGUUUUGAUACAGCCCCGAAACUCAUGUGAAGAAGUGGUACUUUCAGAAUGAAUUCCGCGUGAAAUCUAGAAGCUCUGUUAAAUUCUAGAGUUACCAAACGAUCAGUGAUUUACUUUAUCACAUGCAUCCAUGUGGUACGCGUGAUCUCAGAGUGAGUUCUCAAUGCACGCACAGCGGACCUAUUUUUCUGAGAAGGAUUUGGCGCGAUUAAAUUAACAUAUUUUCAUAUAUAAAUGUUUUCCUGCUUUUCCGAGAAAACAACUGAGGUUCUUUGAGUCCUUAGUGAGGCCAGAACGUCUUUGGUUAGUGCGCUUGGCAAGGCAAACCUAAUCAAGAACAUAUAUUCUUUUAAAUCACUCGUUUUCCCUGAGAGCACGGUGUUUUUUACUCGUUAAAACACAGUCUUUGAAAGGUUUUCUCACGUGUGGAUAAUUCAUUCUCAUCCACUGACGAGACAUCGAAGAUAAACUCCAGCUUUUCUUAACAUGAGCCAUACCUCAGGAUUCCCGCAGACUUCUCCGGGCCAAUUCCAGCCUGCUUACACCCAGGCCCCUCCAGGUCAACCGUUCUCGACACCACAGGUACAGCCUGGGCAAUACUAUGCUCAACCUGGACAACCGAUUCAAGUAGUUGUACAACAGGCUCGGGCUGGUCAGCGUCCAAAUCAAAGAAGGCCGACCACACCCCUCACUACUGCUUACUGGAAAAGUUCUUUUAUUGCUGAUAAACUGGUUGAGUUUUUAAUCCUGCUAGCCACUUGGAUCUGUAUCGCCAGUUAUUCCGACCGAAUGAUUAUAACAGACGGAAAAGCCAACUUCUUCAAGGGAAUCACAGUGUUUUGCUGGGUGAUGGUUAUCGUGUUUCAAAUAGCAUUUGCUUUCUUCUCCAGUAUUACCCAACGUUACUUCUCAAAACCCAGGCACUUUACAAUUAUCUGUUUUGUGGUGCAGGUCAUAUUGACCAUCUUGCUGAUCGCUUGCACGGUAAAUCUGGUGCCCCUGGCACACGACAACACCAAGUUGUACGAUUUCCUGACCGAGAGAGGAAAAACAACCCUUAUUACCCUCUAUCUGGCACUGAUUUUUGGUUUUUAUGCCUGCCUUUGUUUCCUGGACGACGUUCGAUCGCUCUACAAGAUGAUUGGUACACAAAAGGCAGAGGAGCAAGCUGUUAUCACUGAGCAGCAACAAGUGGUUGGCUCGUUCACCCAGCCCGUCCCAGCGGAGCCUGAGCUACAGUCACAGCUCUGAGACUUGGCCAACACUGCGUGCAUGUUUUUCGACAGCGUAUCAUUCCUUUACAUAUAUGCAAUACUAUAUAGGGCAAUAGGUUGUAGGUUUUUACACUUGAACUGUGUCUGUUUAAAAUUUAUGCCUCGCCUCUAGAUGGUAGGCCUAACCACAAAUAUCCGGAUAUUUUUCUAAUAUUGCAGUUCAGGACUUCCCGGAACAUUUAGAAAAAAAGUGGUAAGGUUCCCCCCCCCCCCGACCUUUGUGUUUUCCAAUGAUGUUCAAGAAAAUUUGAGACUCAUUUCAUCGCCAGCACUUAACUAAUUUCCCAUCUGAAAAAUGUAUCUCGUUUUCCAAAAUGGAGGACGCUGAGAACUUCGUACAGCAGUGGCUUGAAUGUUGUUCUACUUUUUCUGGUGUCCUUAUAUCCACAAUAGUGAUGUAAAAGGUAUUCCUUCAGUUCACUAAACUUAUUCAACGUAUUAUAUACUUAGAGGGUUUUUAUGGAUACGCGGCUCUUUUUUUAAUAAUUAAGAACGUCUAAUUUUGGAGCUGAGGCUGAACGUUCUUAGAGUUUUUGCGAUUUUAGUCUGAAAACGUUCUUAAUUAAGAUGUUCUUAAAUUUACAUGGUAUACAGUGUUUCAAUAAAUCAAUGCGGACGUGACUAGGGCCGUAGCUAGUAACAGGCAAACCGAGGCACUCGCCUCAGUCAUUUUUUUUCCGUUUUUGUUGUUUUUAGUCAUUAAAAACACCCUAAAUUCCCAGGAAGAGAAUUAAACCAUGGACAUUGCCUCAGUCACAACUCAUUUCUUGGACACUGCCUCAGUCAUAAUUUGUUUCUGGCUACGGCCCUGGUGACCAGAUGGCUUUGAUGGUGUGGAAAUUAUUUUGGAACAGUUAUGAAUAAGAACUGCUGAUUAUUACAAACCGACUGAUGUGUGUCAUGCAAUAAUAAAACCGUUGUUAAUGUUAUACGAAACAUGCCCUUAAGUACUUGGUUAAUUUACAUUUUUUACCUUUAUUACAUGCUUGCCAUUUAAUAUACAGAUUAGCAAAAUAUAGACGUCCUUAAUCCACUCUCAGCGUGAGGAAUGUUCGUAACACGUUCUUAAAAUUUGGUUGAUCUCAGUCACAACGUUCUUAUAGAAAAGGUUCUUAUAAAAAAAAGUGUGUAUUUUAUAGAAAGCUUUUUGAGACAAUUGAAAAAUUCUUGAUUAUUAUUUCCGGGAAGACAUUUAGGCCACUUUAAGUGGUAUUUGUGGGUAGCCUCAGGACAUUGUGAUGUGCAUCAGUUAUUGAACGGAAUUCAAUGCCAUAUCUAGUUAUUUCUGACACGGCUUUGAAUCGGAAUUGCACUGCUUCUGAUGUAAGGUAUAAAUAGUUAACCGUGUUGAGCACCAAUAAGGUCAAUUUUUUGGGAGAAAGUAAAAUUUAUCGACUUUAGUGUUAUAAUUUUAAACCCUUUAAGCACAAUGUUAAGCAUAAUUUCUAGCCGCCAACUGUUUUCUUAGUCAUAGGAUAAGAAUUUUAUCCUCGGAAAGCCAGGAUUUUUGAGGACGAGCCGAACAUAUCCGAAGACGUUUCGAACCUUCGCUGGGCCCUCAAGAUGGGUUUCUCAAACAUUUCCCAGCAAGUCGGAGACUUAGCUAAAACGUGCCAUCAUUUACCCGAACUCUUCUUUUAUUUUAUUGGUUCAAGUUUAGAUUUUUUUUUGUGAAACUGUUUCAGUCAAGAGUUAAACAACUCAAAUUCUUCAGCAAGGCGUAUGAUCGUAGAAUUCGAUACUCACGCCUAAUAAGACACGAGAGUUGGAAGGCAAAACUGCCUACCUUAGAUGAACGAAUCCACGUCAUACUACUUGAUAAUGGAGACGUAUUAACAACAUAGGGCAUCAGUGGCAACUGAGAAACGUUUGUUGUUAGUGCAACUAUUAUUGAUAGAUUUGUGACUUCAAAGAACCAACAAGUAUACAACAAAAAGCAUAAUCGUCGUACUAUAGUUGAUUUUGUAGCCCGUUAAGUAUUAUGGGUUCACUGAACUGAAAACCGUUUAGUUAACAUCAGUAAAAAGUUGUCAAUAGAAUACACGCUGUUCAACUGCAUAUAUGUAUGUAAUUUGCGUAAUAAAGGACCCAUUGAUUGAAGUAGUAUUUUGCAACUAUAUUGUCUGAAGUAAUGAGAGGGCUAAAUGACGUCAACUAUACGUCUUAAGACCAUUUUAUAUGGGACAAGCUUCUGACAUAGCUACAAAAAUACCUAAAAUAACCUGUGAGUUAAUUGUAGGUAACUAGUCAAAUAUCUAGAUACACACUAGGGGUAAUUGUAAGUAAGCACAAGGGCCUUGAACAAACAUUUUGAACCACUAUACAUAUACUUUACUAGUAAGUAAAACAAACUUUCAACCAAUUACUUGCUCCUAAUAAUUCUCCAGGUGGCUACAUUACAUGUAGUUUUUAUUUACUUUAAAUAUCUUAUAUUACUUGUUCAAAAAUUCAGACGUCUAAUAAUUUAUAGUA